AUGGCCAAAACUCAAGCGUGCAUCUCCAAAACACUCAAGGCCACUAUCAUCUAUCUCUUGUUGCUUGCCAUCAACCUCAAUUGUGCCAACUCAACUCGUAUCCUUGAUGAAGUGGACCCACAAACCCCAAUCGAAGUCAAUACACCCGAUGCAUCCAAUCCAACGGCAACGGAUGUCUCUGAUGUGGCACCUGUGGUGGACCCAGCCAACCCACUACCAAGUGGACAAAUUCCAGCUUCUAUAGGUGACGUGGCACCAAUAGUUGCCCCUUCCGCCACAUUGCCAAUUGGACCCGCCCCAGUGGUGGUGCCUGGUGCCAUCGUGGCUCCUACAGCUAAUCUACCUGAUCCCGUGACAACACCUGUUGCUAAUGUGGCCCCAGUGGCAACUCCUAUCACUACAUCAGUUGGUGUGCCCAAUACAGUGACAACACCUGUCGCCAGUGUGGCACCGGUAGCAACCCCUACAGCCACAUCAGCUGGUGGGACCGCUACGGUUGGCACCAUUGGUGCCACAUCAGCAAAUCCGGACCCACAACACCCUGCAUUGUCUUUCUUCAUGCAUGAUAUCCUAGGGGGAUCACACCCAUCAGGCAGGGUUGUCACAGGGAUUGUGGCCAACUCCGAUCUCAACGGCAUUCCUUUCUCCGUACCCAACAGUCAAGUCUUCCCAUUGGACGGUGGUGUCCCACUUAUAAAUGGUGCGAAUGGCAUAAUCAACAAUGACAAUGCCCCGUUCCUUGUAGGCCUCAAUGGUUCACCAACCUCCAUACAAAACAAUGGUAACAACAAUGUACCUGUCGGCGGCAACUUACCGUUUGUCACCGCGGGCCAACUUCCGGCCGGCACAACCCUCCAACAGAUCAUCUUCGGCACGAUCACCGUCGUCGACAACCAAUUAACCGAAGGGCAGGAACUCGGAUCCUCUGUGAUCGGGAAAGCACAAGGAUUCUACCUGUCAAGCUCAUUGGAUGGUAGCAGCCACACGAUUGUCCUAACAGCAUUGUUCCACGGCGGUGAUCAUGAGGUGGAGGACAACAUUAGUUUCUUUGGGGUCCACCGGACGGCGUCGCACGAGUCGCAGCUGGCUGUGAUCGGGGGGACCGGGAAGUAUGAGAACGCAAAAGGGUAUGCUACCAUUGUGACAAUUCAUCAUCAAGAUCAGCACAUGACAGAUGGUGUGGAAACAAUCACACAGUUCAAUGUUUAUCUCACCCUCUAG